ACUAAUAUAUGAUACCUUGAGUCUGAUAAUUGCAUCAACGUACCAGACGGUACUAAGUAGUUUGUUUAGUAACUAUCAAAAUUUUCGUGAAAAUGAGAGAAAAAUUACCGGAAACAAUUAAUUUCCCAAAAGAAGAGGAAAUCAUUUUAAAAUUGUGGGAAAAGUGUGAUAUUUUCCAAAAUUCGUCAAAGCUAUCGAAAGGAAGACCAAGAUAUUCAUUUUUUGAUGGCCCACCCUUUGCUACAGGAUUACCUCAUUAUGGACACAUACUUGCAGGCACAAUAAAAGAUAUUGUUACAAGGUAUGCUUAUCAAACUGGUUAUCAUGUGGAAAGAAGAUUCGGCUGGGAUACCCAUGGUUUACCUGUCGAAUUUGAAAUAGAUAAAGCAUUGAAUAUAAAAAGUCCUGAUGAUGUUAUUAAAAUAGGAAUAGCAAAUUAUAAUAAAGAAUGUCGAAAUAUUGUAAUGAAAUAUGCAUCAGAAUGGGAAACAAUUGUAGGUAGAAUUGGUAGAUGGAUAGAUUUUAAAAAUGAUUAUAAAACAUUGUAUCCUUGGUACAUGGAGUCUAUCUGGUGGAUUUUUAAAGAACUAUACAAUAAAGGUCUUGUAUACCAAGGUGUUAAAGUAAUGCCUUAUUCUACAGGUUGUAACACACCUUUAUCAAACUUUGAAUCAGGGCAAAACUAUAAAGAUGUUAUUGACCCUUCUAUAGUUGUAUCAUUUCCUUUAUUAGAUGAACCAGGUGUUUCUAUUCUUGCUUGGACUACUACUCCUUGGACUCUACCAAGCAAUUUGGCGCUAUGUUGUAAUCCUACUUUUGAAUAUGUAGAAGUUAAAGAUCACUCAUCUGGUGAUGUUUAUAUUAUAUUAGAGUCAAGCUUAGAACUUAUUUACAAAUCUGUAGAUUCUUAUACUAUACAAGGUAAAAGAAAAGGAUGUGAUCUAAAAGGAAAAUUAUAUAAUCCUCCUUUCCCAUAUUUCCAAAAUCUAAGAGAGAAAGGUGCCUUUGUAGUAUUGAACGAUACUUAUGUCACAGCAGAAACUGGUACAGGUAUUGUCCAUCAAGCUCCCUAUUUUGGAGAAGAUGAUUAUCGCUGUUGUUUAGAAGCUGGUGUUAUAAUGAAAGAUCAAGAAAUCAUAUGUCCUGUUGAUAGUUGUGGGUGUUUCAUAGAACCAGUACAUGAUUUUGUUGGAAAAUAUGUAAAAGAUGCUGAGAAAGAUAUUAUUAAAUAUCUUCAAACAAAUAAAAGAUUAAUUCAUAAUAACACUAUUAAACAUAGUUAUCCAUAUUGCUGGAGAUCUGAUACACCAUUAAUAUAUAAGGCAGUACCUUCAUGGUUCAUUAGAGUAGAAGCCAUUAAAGAUAAACUUAUUACGGCAAAUAGUAAUACUUAUUGGGUACCAGAAUAUGUUAAAGAAAAACGAUUUGGCAAUUGGUUAAGAGAUGCCCGUGAUUGGGCUAUUAGUAGAAACCGUUAUUGGGGUAAUCCAAUUCCUUUAUGGAUAUCAGAAGAUGGACAAGAAAUUGUGUGUGUAGGAAGUAUUUCAGAAUUAGAAGAAUUAACUAAUACAAAAAUAACAGAUAUUCACAGAGAAAACAUAGAUCAUUUAACUAUACCAUCAAAACGAUCAGGCUGCUUGCCUUUACGGCGUAUACCUGAAGUGUUUGAUUGCUGGUUUGAAUCUGGAUCAAUGCCCUAUGCACAAAUGCAUUACCCCUUUGAACGUCAGAAAGAAUUUCAGGAAAGUUUCCCAGCUGAUUUUAUAGCAGAAGGUAUUGAUCAAACUCGUGGAUGGUUUUAUACUCUCUUAGUUAUAUCAACAGCUCUUUUUGGGAAAGCUGCAUUUAAAAGUCUUGUAGUUAAUGGUUUGAUAUUAGCAUCUGAUGGACAAAAAAUGUCUAAACGUAAAAAAAAUUAUCCAGAUCCUGUGGAAAUUAUUAAUAAGUAUGGUGCAGAUGCUCUUCGUUUGUACUUAAUUAAUUCUCCUGUUGUACGAGCAGAAAAUCUGCGUUUUAAGGAAGAAGGAGUUAGGGAUGUUAUAAAAGAUGUGUUCUUACCUUGGUAUAACGCAUUUAGAUUCUUAAUGCAAAAUAUUGAAAGAUUUGAAAGAGAAGAGAAAAUUACUUUUAUAUAUGAUGAUACUAAAAAUGUAUGUUCUAUUAAUAUAAUGGAUAGAUGGAUCCUGUCCUUUACACAAACAUUAUUGCAAUUUUUCAGACAGGAAAUGCAUGCUUAUAAAUUAUAUACUGUAGUACCUCAUUUGGUGAAAUAUAUACAUAAUCUUACUAACUGGUAUGUAAGAAUGAAUAGAAAACGUAUAAAAGGAGAUUAUGGUGCAACUGACUGUCAUCAAGCCUUAACAACUUUAUUUUCUGUACUUUAUAUCAUGGUACGUGUGAAUGCACCAUUUACACCAUUUUUAACAGAAUUUAUAUUUCAACAUUUAGUUAAAUUACUUCCACCAUCUAAAGCUAACAUGGACAGUGUUCAUUAUCAAAUGAUACCAGAAUCUAAUUCACAGUUAAUAAAUGAAAAGAUUGAAAAAGCUGUAUCUUAUAUGCAAACUGUAAUUGAAUUGGGACGUGUUAUAAGAGACAGGAAAACAAUUCCUGUUAAAUAUCCAUUACCAGAAAUUGUAGUAAUCCAUCAAGAUGCUGAAGUAUUAAAAGAAAUAAUGUCUCUCAAGUCAUAUAUUCUUGAAGAACUUAAUGUAAAAGAAUUAACUGUUACUACAGACAAGGAGAAAUAUGGUGUUAAAUUAAGAGCAGAACCAGAUCACAAAAUACUUGGUGCCCGUCUUAAAGGAGAAUUUAAGUCUGUUACUCAAGCAAUCAAAGAACUCUCAGAUGAAAAAUUACAAGUGUUUGUUGUAGAAAAAGAAAUUACUGUUCUAAAUCAUAAAUUAAAAGAACAAGAUUUACGACUGAUGUUUAGUUUUUCAGGUCCUACUGCUGAACAGUUGUCUAGACAAUAUGAAGCUCAUAGUGAAGGGAAUGUUUUAAUUUUGUUGGAUGUUACUCCUGAUGAAAACAUGUAUAAUGAGGGAAUAGCAAGAGAAGUAAUUAAUAGGAUUCAAAAGCUAAGAAAAAAAGCACAAUUAGUUCCAUCGAAUCAAGCAAUUGCAUAUUAUGACAUACAAGAUCAAAACAGUAAUUUAGUAAAAGUAAUUGUCAGCCACAAAGAGUUUAUUGAAAAUGCAACAAAAACUCCACAAGAAAAUAUAUCAAAAAUGCCAAAUAAUGCAAAUGUAAUUAUAGAAGAAAUGCAAACAAUUAAAGGUACUGACAUGAAGCUGGUUUUGGUAAAAACUGAAAUGGAUGAAGUAGAGAAUAAGAAAAUGAAUAUAGAACCAUUCUUAAAAUAUGUAAACAUUGAACUUAUAGACAUAAAACCAAGAUUUGGUGCAAACAGUUGUGUAGCAACUGUAUUAUUAGAAGCUCCUAUUUCAUUAGAUCCUAUUUCUUAUGAACAAUUAAAAUGUGAAAUUGAAUUAAUAUUUGGUAUUUAUGGUUGUUCUUAUAAUUUAUAUAUCGAUAGUAAACCAAUAUCGGAAGAAACAGACAUGUUAUCGUUACAUAGAAAAACGAUAAAAGUAGCAAAAGUAGGUUUAACUAUAAUGCAAACAUCUACAGUAUUAAAACAACCAGUUUGUAAAUUCAUCAAUGUCAAUAGCACCUUGGGGAAAGGUACUAUUCUUCUAGAAAAUCCAGAAGGAAACUUUAGUUUAAGUAAUACAAUGUUAAAAGAACAAUUAAAUAUUCUAUUUAAUAAACCAAAUAUUUCUGAACCUAUACCUGAGGUGCUAAAUGAAUUAUAUGGGAAGACUUUUGAAUUAAGUUGA